GAUACAGAAAAUAUAGAAGAAUCAAAGAUGAGUGGUGCUGUUUCAAAUGCUAAAGGCAAGGUGAAUGGGCAGCGCAACAAGGCUAAAGAUGAUCAUAAAUGUUGCUUUCAGAUGCCUCUUCAUUACCCAAGGUACACGAAGGCCGAGUACGAGGACAUGCCGGAGUGGAAGCUCGACCGGCUUUUCGAAGAGUACGGCUUGCCGGCGAUCGCCAGAGAUCUCGAUGGUAAGAGAAAGUUUGCCGUCGGUGCAUUCAUUUGGCUUCAUCAGUAGGGCUAUUUUAAGUGGGAUGCGAAAUGUUGGUGUAUUAAAUAAUGGAAGUGUAAUGAAUUCAAAAUAUGUUGCUUGUUCUU